AACUUCAAUCACAGACGACGUGGCGCGAGGCAACGCCUCGUAUGGUCCUCCGCAAGAAGCAUGUGGGUGGUGCCAAACCUACCGCCAUGGGGAAAAAGGAUGCAGAGCCAUCAAGCGACCCGAACCAGGAGACCGGCCUGUCCCUGGACGAGUACUUUAACAGCAAGAAGGAGUACACGGUGCAAACGAUGAAGGAAACGUCGGAACUGCUAGAGAAAAAGGAGGCCACCAAGCUCAAACAUGACAACGCCAUGGUCAUGACAAAGGACGACGAUGACGACCACAUGAUGGAGUCCGUGGACACGAUUCCCAUCUGCCCCAUGCAUGGCGGGUCGAACGAUGCCGACACGGAAGAAGAUCCAUACGAAGACGACUACGAAUCCGACUCUGGAGCAAAGGACGACACAAGUGCUGGUGUAGCAGGACUAUCGUUAAGCGACUACUUGACCGGCAAAUCCUUGCCGCCAAAGGACAAAGCAAGCAGCAAAAAGCCACCGACCAAGAAGCAGCCCGCGGUGGUGGACGAAAACGAGAUCGAAGGCAUGUCGCUCGAGAGUUAUCUGGGCGCUGUCCCAUCCAGCAUGCACAACGACGACGACAAGAAGAAGAAGAAGGGAACCGCAGCCGUCAAAGCAGGAGUUGGAGCUCAAGCCAGCAAGCUCGGGCUCGCUCGACAUCACGACCACAACUUUGCAAUAAAAAAAAGGGUAUCGGCGCCGAAUGUCAAGAAAGCCACCGAUCCCGUUCCCGCCAAGAAGUUUGUGAGCGACUCGGACGUGCUGCAUUUCAAGCGAGACAAGUCCCAGAUGGACAAAGCGGCCAACAAAUCGAAAGGAUCAUCGACUAAGGCAUUAUCGCAUCACACCAAAGGCUUCCACGCAGCCAUGUCGAGUCGGCGGAAGGACAUUGGAGUCCAAGCGGCAGACGCCGACGGCGACGAUCACGGGGACAUGACGCUGUUUCAUCCCCUCCCCAUGCUGGGCGGCAACAAGUCCGGGGCCCCCGACCACGCCGACGACUCGAUCUCCGAGGACGAGCUAGACGUGUCCCGGCUACCUCCGUUGCCCCACUAGCAGUGCGUUGACUACUACCAUCCAAAUAGCAAAACUCGAUAGUGUAAACGGAA